AGCAAUGAACAAGGGAGGAAGAGGUUGGUCAAAAUCAUUGAAACCCUUUGCAUGUAAAUUAAGCCAAUAUAGCCCUGUACGAGUCACAAUUUUGGAAUCCUAUGAAUUAUUUAUUUUGGUUUUAGCAUACUGGUAAUCCACCACAGCUAGGAUGGCGCGCUAUUCGUGUUCCUGUCACAUAGCUAACAACCAGUUCCAAAACUAGCGCUAGCAGCUUUGUCUUUGCUCUGGAGUAGUUGUAGUAGAACUAGAUUCAUUUUAAAAUGUGUUAGCAUGUGCGAUGUUGCUGUUCAUCAGAACCCAACGUCAGUACCAUAGUAAACAUUGCUCAUUAGCGACUGGAAACAGCACGCUCGUCCGUGCAUGUGUACCUAUUUCACCGUUACUAGAGGUCUCUAGUUGACUGGUGGUGAUUGGGGGAAAGGGGCAAUGUGACAGAGUGGGCAGGCUGCAUGCAGGUUGAAAUGACAGCAGCGGGUUUAACUGUAUGCAAAAGCGAUAAAGUGCCAAUAAUCCGAACGCGGCGGCACUUCAUUUGGCUGCGCACUUCACUCGCAUAACUCUAAAAAAAAUCGCCACAUGCAACACUUGUAUUCAGCCUGUCCAGACUUCUUGCUUCGCUGAAUCGCUGGCUGGAACACACAUACACAUUCUAUUUACAUCUUUCCCUGAGCGAGUAACUUGUAGAGAUGUGUGUGAAUGUAAAAUUAAAUGUACAGACCAUAGUUACAUCUACAUUAAUUUUACAUUAAUAUAAAUCUACUCAUGUUCAUGUUAAUUUCUUAUCCAGGUAAGAGACAGCAGAGUAUUUUGGGUUUUUUUAACCCACCCAAAAAAGUGAAGAGGCAGCAGACAGUGUUAGAGCAGACAGAGGAUACACCAGAAGGAGAGGAUUGUGAGCAAGUGCAGGAGCAUGAGAGAGAGGAGCAGGAGCAGGAGGGAGAGGAGUGUGAGCAGCAACAGGAUGAGACAGAGGAGUGUGAGCAGCAGCAGGAGCAUGAGGGAGAGGAGGAGCAGCAUCAGGAUGAGACAGAGGAGUGUGAGCAGGAGCAUGAGGGAGAGGAGUGUGAGCAGCAUGAGGGAGAGGAGGAGCAGCAUCAGGAGCAUGAGGGAGAGGAGGAACGCGAGCUUCCACCUGGAGCUCAUGAUAUAUCAAAGUCAAAGUUGGAAGGCCCAACCCAGCCACACCUGAAAGCCUUUCCGAAGACCAUGCAAGGCUGUGCACAGCGAUCAUUUCGAAAAGACUGGUAUGCUGAACACACAUGGCUUGAAUAUUCACAAGCACAAAAUGCAGCAUAUUGUUUUGCUUGCAGGCAUUUUGGCUUUUCGAAAGGGCAGGGCACUGUUUUCACAUCGAAAGGGGGUUACUCCAACUGGAAAAAGGCCACUAACAAAGAUGGGGGGUUUACUUUGCACAGCAAGUCAGAGGCACAUGGAAAUGCAAUGAUGGCAUGGGGGGAACACCAAAAAAUGACAAAAAACAAAACAUCAGUUCUGGGGAUGAUGAGCAAAACAAAUAAAGAUCAAAUUGAAGAAAAUAAGCAUUACUUAAAAACUCUAGCUGAAGUCCUGCUCCUCACAGCUACGCAAAACAUUGCCCUACGUGGUCAUAAUGAAUCAGAGACAUCAAAAAACCAGGGAAAUUUUCGCGAAAUUUUAAAUCUGGUGAGCAAGCACGACCCCUUUGUUAAAAAAAGGUCAAAUGUGAGUAAACUGGGAGAGCAUGUGAGGAAGUGA